AUGGAGGGCGCACCAGCAGAGGCAGUGCGUGCGCAGACUCACUCCACAGCCAGUGUCACGGGAGGCGAGACUGCGCCCGAGCAGGUCGACUCCAUACCCAGUGUCACGGCAGCUGAGGCGGUGCCUGUGCAGACUCACUCCAUCCCCGGUCUGAAAGCAGCCGAGGCCGUGCGUGCUCUGACUCGCUCCGUGCCUGGUCUCACAGAUGCUGGCGCCAUUAACCUCUUAAAGGGUCACUUACAGCUGAUGGCUGUACAGCAUACGCACUCGACACCGAGUGUUACGGCAGACCAGGGAGCGUCUACGCAGAAUCACUCCGCCCGCAGUCUCGAGGCAGCCUGGGCUGUGCGUGCGCUGACUGACUCCUUCCCCGGUCUCACGGGUCCUGGCGCCAUUAACCUGUUAAAGGGUCACUUACAGCUGAUGGCUAUACAGCACAGCUUGGCACUCACGGAAGACAAGGCAAGGGAGCUUUCUCAAAUGAACAGCCGGAUGAUCCAGAUGGCAGAUGACGGGAUGGUGGAAGAGGUGGAGAGGCUGCUGAUGUUAGGGGCGAACGUGGAGGCGAAGGAAGAGAGGUAUGGCUGGACAGCCCUUCACCCUGCAUCAAUCGACGGACACUUGGGCGUGGUGCAGUGUCUGCUGAGGUACGGAGCGGAUGUGGGCGCGAGAGACAGCGAAGGGCGGACGCCACUGCACUGGGCCGCGAGGUACGGACAAUUGGAGGUGCUGGAGUAUCUGCUGGAGAACGGGGCGGAUGUGCAGGCGAAGGACGUCGAAGGCCAGACGCCAGUACACUGGGCAGCAAAGAAUGGCAGUUUGGGGGCGCUGGAGGCCCUGCUGGAGAGUGUGGUAGGCGCCGAGGACAACAAUGACGACACCCCUCUCCACUUGGCCGCAACCUGGGGCUACACAGAAGCGGCGCUGCUACUGGUGAGGUUCGGUGCUGACCUGGGUGCCGAAGGCCAGGAGGGGCUGACGCCGCAGCAGAGGGCCGAACGCUGGGGCCACGAAGGCACGGCAGCUGCACUGCUGGCAGCAGCCUCCCAGACUGGAGUCCAGCAAAUGUCUGUGGACUAAAAUUCAAAUAGUUUCACUACACAUUUUUUCUUUUCUGGAAUAAAGCAUACUAAAAAGUUA